AUGGUGUCCUCAAAUACUAGAUCCCACUCCUUUCGCGUCCUCCACAAAUUUAAGCCAGAUUACUCUGCCUGUACUUUUACUCAAUAUGAAUCGGAAAGGACCGGUAUGAGAGUUGUUGUUAUCGAUCAAAAAGGCCCCAAGGUCUACGGAUAUUUUGUGCUUGCUACAGAAAUCCAUGAUGACUCCGGCUCACCUCAUACCUUAGAGCAUUUAUGUUUUAUGGGCUCGAGAAAUUAUCAGUAUAAGGGAUUCCUCGACAAGUUAGCAACGAGGCUGUAUUCUGAUACAAAUGCAUGGACUGCGACUGACCACACCGCCUAUACGCUUGAUACGGCGGGUUGGGAAAGCUUUUCUUCGAUUUUGCCAAUAUAUUUGGAGCAUAUCAUUGUCCCCACGCUUACCGAUGCUGGAUGCUAUACGGAGGUUUACCACAUCGAUGCUACUGGACAUGAUGCCGGUGUGGUAUACUCGGAGAUGCAAGGGGUGCAAAACCGGUGCUCCGAGCUGGUAGACUUACGCUCUCGUAGAUUACUAUACCCCGAAGGCAUAGGCUUCCGCUAUGAGACUGGUGGCAUGAUGGAGCAGCUUCGAGUCCUCACUGCUGAUCGUAUCAGGGCUUUUCAUAAGGAAAUGUAUCAACCUAGGAAUCUGUGCUUAGUUAUCAUUGGUGAAGUGGACCACACCGACCUGGUUUCUGUUCUGGAUAAGUUUGAAGAUACUAUUCUGGAUGUUAUUCCAAGCCCGGAUGGUCCCUUCCAGCGCCCUUGGAUAGACUCUAUGCAAUCUCCCCUACUGGAUAAAUCUAUUGUUGAGACUGUCGAGUUCCCAGAGGAGGAUGAAUCGUUUGGUGAAAUUGAGAUCCGGUUCUUGGGUCCCGAUUGCAAUGACCGCAUUCAAAGUGCUGCUCUCAAUGUUUCACUGUUAUACCUUGCUGGAUCCUCAGCCGCACUCCUGGAGAACGUUCUGGUCGAAAAAGAGCACGCUACUACAGCUGUGUACUACUCAACGGAUGAGAGGCCGCGGACGGAAAUUCGUUUUACACUAACGAGUGUCGCAACCGAGAAUCUGCACAACGUGGAGCGUCGGUUUUUCGAGGUCCUCAGAGAUGCCAUGCAACAAGAGAUCGAUAUGAAGUACAUGCGUGAAUGCAUUGAAAGACAACGGCGAAAUUGGAAAUUCUCUGUAGAAAAUUCGGCAUCGUCAUUUGCGGACUACGUUAUCAAUGACUUUUUGUUUGGCCCGAAGAACGGAACUAAACUCCUGCAAGUCGCGAAUAUGGAAGAAUACCAGGAGUUGGAGUCCUGGCAUGAUAAUCAUUGGCGGGGAUUUAUUAAACAGUAUCUAGCAGACGCACCUCAUGUCUCUGUCCUCGGAGUUCCCUCGGCCAAGCUUGCGGCGAAAUUAAAAGUGGAUGAAGAAGAUAGGAUUAAGCAACGAAAGGAAAGCCUAGGUGACACGGGAUUGCAGAUAUUAGGUGAAAAGUUGGCGAAAGCGAUGGCUGAAAACGAUAAGCCUAUACCUCGUGAGACUAUAGCUACAAUCUCGGUACCUAAUACGGACUCUAUUCAUUUCAUUCAUACGACUCCUGCUAAAUCAGGUACUGCAUUGAAAGGAGGUCGUCCUGAUAAUGAUAUUCAACGACGCAUUGAUCUAGACGCCACCGAGUUGCCUCUGUUCAUUCAUUUCGAGAACAUAACCAGCAACUUUGUCCAGUUUUUCUUAAUGAUUUCAACCCAAGGAGUGCCAGUAGAGCUUCUCCCCAUGUUGUCAAUAUAUACAGAGAGUUUCUUCAGCCUUCCUAUCAACAGAAAUGGGCAACGUCUUGAAUUCGAACAGGUAAUAGUUGAUCUUGAAAGGGACACGGUCGGUUACAGCAUGGACACAUGCAGCCCCGGGAAUUCCGAGAUGUUAGCGAUUACUUUCCAGGUUGAACUGGAAAAAUAUAAAACAGCCAUAUCAUAUCUCAAAGAAUUGACCUGGGGUUCAAUUUUUGAACCUGAGCGACUCGUGGCCGUUACCACCCGCCUACUCUCAGAUGUACCAGAUGCAAAGCGAAAUGGAAGCAGCAUGGUGGAUGCUGUUCGGUAUAUGAUUCAGUAUGCCCCUGAAUCGAUCGCUCGCGCCAGAUCGACACUAGUCAAAUCUAAGUACUUAAAAAUUGUUAAGAGAAUUCUUGCAAAGGAGCCACAGCAAGCGGUGCAACAUAUGGAGACUAUCAGAAAAGCGUUGUUUCAGCCCAAAAAUAUGCGUGUUCUGGUGAUUGGCGAUUUAGAAAGACUGCCCAACCCAGUUUCAUCUUGGAAACCAUACAUCGAGGGGCUAGAUACGACGAGUUCUCUCCAUCCUAUUGUGAAUCUCAGCGAACGACUGAGCGACGCUGGCAAGGUGCCUGGCAAACUUACAUACAUUAUUCCAAUGCCGACUAUUGAUUCGUCCCAUGCGAAUUCUAGCAGCAAAGGGCUGGACUCCUACGACGACCCGAAACUUCCUGCACUCAUGGUUGCCGUCGCCUACAUGAAUGCCGUGGAAGGCCCACUAUGGGUUGCCGUACGGGGAACAGGUUUAGCAUAUGGGGCGAGCUUUAGGUAUAGUAUCGACUCCGGGCUCGUACAUUUCAAUAUAUACCGGUCACCAAACGCGUUCAAGGCGUUUGAGGCAGCCAAAAAAAUUGUCGUCGAUCACGUAUCAGGUGUUGCCGAGCUCGACCCAGUCCUGUCGCUUGAAGGUGCUAUUAGUACCAUCGUGGCUGGAUUCGCCAACGAGCAAGCUACUUAUCUUCUUGCAGCACAAGAAAACUACAUUCGAGAUGUAGUUCGCAACUUGCCACCUGACUAUAAAGAAGUGCUGUUGAAGAAAGUGCGGGCGGUGUCGGUGGAUCAACUCAAGGCCGCGCUCCACGACAUUGUGCUUCCGGUCCUUAUGCCGGGCAGCUCCGAUGUUAUCGUCACAUGCUCUCCUGUCCUUGAAAAGGGAAUCAGAGAUGGCUUUGAAUCGGCAGGCUUCACCCCUGAAGUCCAGCCGCUUAAGCAUUUCGAAGACGGCUAUGGGCUGCGAACGGGCAGUGAAAAGGACGACGGAGACGCCUCAGACGAGGGCGAAGAAGAAGACGAGGAAGAUUUGGGCAGUGGGGACAGCGAAGACGACGAGGCGUAA